ACGAAGAAGAAAAACGAGGUUAGUUAGCUAGGUGUUUGCUGCACGAGACCACUGCAAACAUGGCAACGUUUUUUGGUGAGGUUUUAUCUGUCUAUUCAAGAGCAGUGGAAGAGGAUGAUUACGAUGACGAAGAGGAAGAAAACGAAGAGGAUUUACAAAUACGUCGGGAAAUAGAAGAGAAACGAGAGGUUCAUAUCAGAUGGUGUCCAGAGGUUUCAAAAGCAGGAGACAGUUCUGAAAAGCUCCAAUGCUCUGAUCUGAUCAUAGCCGUGGGACCAAAUGCUGCAGGUUUUGUCUCCGCAUACGUUCUUAAUUCUGAGGAUUGGGCGCAGGUUGGGUGGGUGUCUUUGUGGAAUGAAAGGAGUCGUGGUUCCACUCGCCCAGACAAAGCUCCCCUCCCUGGAGAACCUGGCUGUAUCUUUUACCAGCCAAAGAGCUGUCCAUAUGUUAUUAUCUGCCAGUGUACCUGCUAUAUUGCUGAAGAUCAGCUGUUCCAGUGGGCUGAAAAGGUUUUGGGCAGCAUGCAGAGCAGAGGACUGACUGUGACAGUGUUGUCCGAUUGUCCACUCGCCGAGUACAAGACUCCACAUUACGUGAAUGGCAGUUCCGCUCCAAUCCUGCGUGCACUAAGGACCAGCACCUUCACAGAUAGUCUGCCCUGCCCUCUGCUAGAGCAGCCCAACAUCGUCACAGGCCUGCCUGCUGCCGUGCUCAAUCAGUGUCAGGUUCAGCACUCACCAGCUGUGCUCUUCCAGUGCUUCAGUGAUGUCAUCUACCCAGACUCAGUCACCAUGGAGACCUAUAAACCUGCCCUUUCAAAUCUUAGCAAACGGGUGAAGCUGAAAACAAGUCCAAAUAUGGAAAUACUGCAGAAAUUAACCAGAGUUAAUGAUGCACACAGCAACCUCUACACAUAGAGGAAGCUUCUCAGACAUGUACAAUGCUUUUUCUAUUUGUAAUGUAUUUUUAUGACCAUUAAACACAAUGUGAACAUCGGA